CGCCAACACGCUCUCUCGUUAGGUCUGCUGGACCACCAUGUUGAUCGGCUCUAUAUCUAUUUGCUCUGUUUUUCUUUGCGAUUUUGACCUACCGUUUUCCGUUUGUGCUUGACAUUCUCUGCGAGCCCGCCGGUUUGUGAUUAUCUCUGGAGGCAACCCCGCUCGCCUUAUCAAUCACUGCUCCAGCUGCUGCCGGGCAAUCAACACCCUCAUUGCACACCAAUUUCGCCCUCGUACUUGUAAUGCCAUCAUCGUUUGAAUCAGCUUCAAAUUGGGAUUUCACUCCGGUGAUCAAUCUCCUCCGCACCCCGACCUACGGCACUGGUAGCUCAUCGGUUCCUUAUCGCCACCCGGAGUCCGCCCCAAUUGUUCGGCCUGCUUGGGAGACAAACAACAACGAUGACUCCGCUUCCUCUGCUGAUGUGCGCGAGGUGAGGCCUGGUGAGGGGGCCCCUCCGAAACUAGGAGACUUUGGUUCUCUUUGGGAGCUUUUAGGCAGUACUAGCAUCUCGGCCAGCCGCCCACCAGUUGAACCUUGUGAACUUCAGCGGAACACGCCUACCCCUACGCCACAAUCGCCUAAGCGAAUCGAAAUCCUCAAACGACCUUUGAAUGACCCUGUCGACUCUGCAGGCUUGGAUGAGGAGCCUUCCCGUACUCCGUCAAAGCCUAUACCUGUCUCCAGGUCCCGCAACUUGCAGGCCAAGGCCACCGCCGGGAAGCGAGCUCCCAAUAAAUCAGAUGUUGCACUAAGCAAGCAUGUAGAUGAGGCUAGCACCUCUGAGAGCGCUGUGGAAGCCGAGUCUGAUGGCAACCUUAGCGUCUUUGAUCCUCCUUUGCUCAAGAGUGGAAGCACUCCGUCGCUGGUCCCUCCGCAGGUCGGCACGGCGGGUGCCAUGUCUGAUCCAUAUGAGACGCCGCCUUCCUCCUAUGAUGAGUCGAUGGAGGCAUCUCCCCCGAAGAUUGUGAAAAAUCCUCCCAACACUGGCACGCUACGCGUACAGCCUAUUGCAUAUAGGUCUACGGCUGAUCGGAGGAUCGGUCUCUUGACUAAGCUUUUGAAGAACUUCCCCGACUAUGCAGAUGCCGUAACCCAAGUCGGGCGGCCUUUGAACUCUAAGAAGACGGAUGUCACCCGCCGUCCCAUCCAUGUCUUUGUUGACAUGUCCAAUAUCAUGGUUGGAUUCCACGAUACGGUCAAGCUAUCGCGCAAAAUCCCGGUGAAGACGCGGAUUCGUCGUUUGCCUUUGUCAUUUCAAAACUUCUCUCUAAUCCUCGAGCGUGGCCGGCCCACCGCCAAACGAGUCCUGGUGGGCUCGGAUCGAUUUGCAGCCAUCACCGAAGGCGAACAACUUGGUUACGAAGCCAACAUUCUCGAUCGGGUCCACAAAGUCAAGCAUAUGACUCCUCGUCAAAUGCGGUUCCGCAAGAAUCCUCGAGCUGGCGCUCACGACCCUGGUAGCGGUUCAGAAACGAACGAAGCAUCAGAGGAGCGCUGGGUUGAGCAGGGUGUGGACGAAAUUCUACAUCUGAAGAUUCUCGAAAGUUUGCUAGACACGGACGAACCGGCAACCAUCGUUUUAGCCACAGGAGACGCGGCGGAAGCCGAAUUCUCGGGCGGAUUUAUGAAGAUGGUAGAGCGGGCGCUGAGCCGGGGCUGGGCCGUAGAGCUGGUCAGCUUCAGCCAAGUGACGAGCUAUGCUUAUCGCCGGAAGGAAUUCCGGGCGAAAUGGGGGAACCGGUUUCGGAUGAUUGCGUUGGACGAGUAUAUUGAGGAGCUGCUGGAUAUGUAGGGCUGGUUACUACAUUAGUUGUUGCUGCUGGCAGGUCAGAUUGUUAUUCCUCCCAGAAUAGGAUGUUGGUGGUUUUAUGAAGAUAUUUAUCAGUGAUAG